ACGUCCUGGUACCACGACUUGGGAUCAAAAAAGUGCUACUUUGCUUCUAGUUUCACCGCAGAUUUCGAGCGAUCCCGAAAAAUCUGCAAAUACUUGGCGAGUGGCGGCGAUUUGGCGACGUUCACGGCUGAGGAAGCCGCUGGAGUUUUCAAUCGGGAAUUCUGGGCUAAUAAUUACGCAGAUAUCGGUAACGCCCAUUACUGGAUCGGAGUGAGGAGGGAAAACAGCAGUCAAUCCUGGUCCUGGGUUCAAUCCGAACCCGUCCAAUCGAACCCCGAGGAAACCUACAGCGACUGGGAUUUCCCCGGGCAAACUCAAACAAACCUGGCGUUUCCCAGAUGUGGGUUCGUUUUCCCCACAAAGUGGAGCGAUGUCGACGUCAACCUCGGCGGUUCUGAGUCGUCAGGUCAAACGUUGCUUCCAGCAUUUUUUUGUAAACGAUUCGCCCCGGAAAUCAAGAACAACGACACGGAAAAUCCCCUGGCAUUGAGUGACGUCAACAACAAUGCCGACACUUAUUUAUGAAACAUUUUCUAUCAAUUCAAUUUGCUGGAAAAAUCCAGAUUUAUUUAUUUUUCUUUUUACCCUCAAACUGAAUGGUUAUUUCCGACGCAUCCCACUGGUCUCGAAAAUAAGAUCCACAAGUAUCUUCUCAAAAUACA